UAUUACAACUAAUACGUUUAUUUUUUGUAUAACAGAAGAAGGCGAAGGCGAACAAGAUCAAUCGAGAGAAGAAGACUCUUCUCCACCAUUCGGGUUUGAGGCCUUUCUCCUAUAGGAUGGAGGCGCGACGGAAGGAGGGUUCAAAAUUUUCGGAGAUCGACGUCUUUGCUGACGUUUAUGUUCGGCCUGGGAAUGAGUUGACCCAGUCCCUUCAUGCAACUAUGGUGGAGAAGCGACAGGUGGUGCUUCAGAAGUUCGCCUCCCACCUUCCUCUGGACACGCCGAUCAAGUCUGUGGAUCCCCCUGAGGAUGUAGGGUUUCACAUCGUCACUGAGAUGUUGGACCAGACUUUCGAUCGGAGGCCAGGGACAUAUUGUCGGGGGAUGGGAAAUGCUAGGCGUCGAGAGACUGGAGCCUCGUCAUUCGCGCAGUCAAAGACCAAGGUUACGGCUUUGACGUAGGAAGUCGCUGGGGAGUGAGCUGGCAUCGUACAAGUCUCAAAUGUCAAUGCUUGUACAAGCCCUCAGUUCCUCUGGAAUACAUCUCCCCGAUUUUUCUACACCAUCGCCCUCACGGCCCUUCCACACCAAGCAAGCACAGCAAUCAGGCCCGUCAACCUCCG